AUGUUCUCCAUUCUCACGAUACCAUCUGCCUCGUUCAUUUCGCGCGACGUUCAAAAGUUCGUUCGUCGUCGUUUUCAGUCGCGUGGGCAGCGCGCGUUUAAAGUUUUUUCCUCCUCCUCGGACAACGAAACGACGUUCGAAGGUGGAGAAAAAGAGAUCGGCAAACUCCACCUCGACGGCGGCCGAUCGAUGUCUGCAUCAAAAGCAGAAGACCCAGACAUGAGCGACGAAGCCGCGAUUUCGUGGCCGUACAGUCGAGUGGAGGAAUUCAUGACGAAGGAUCCAGAGACGUUGUGCGAGAGUUUGAAGUUGACGGACGUGAAAGUGAAAAGCUUUAUCAAGAGAUAUCACGGCGGGCCGGUGGUCGAUGAGGACGGAAACCUGGUCGGGGUCAUAUCGAGGAACGACGUUAAACGAUUGUCGUACAUUUCCUUCGGCGAAGAACAGAGACAUAUUCGCACGGUUGCAGACGCGAUGACAUCGAUGCCUUUAACCGUAGGGCCGAAGGCGUAUAUCUCCGCCGCCGCGGGAUUGAUGCUAAAGCAUAAGAUCCACCGUCUGCCGGUGGUCGAGGAAGGCGAAGAUUACGCGCACCCGGGAAAGUUAAUCGGAAUCAUCACGCGAAGCGACAUUUGGGAACCCUUGAUUCAAAAUUCGCUCAUGUUGGACAAAGAGUUUCAAAAGAGACGGUGCGACGUUUAUCAAGAUUAUUCUCCUUCUUCGGGAGCGCUCGACAUCCGCGCGCCUGCGAUUGAUAAAGAUAUCUUUCGACUCGUGCUAGCGCGAACAGCCUUCGCGUUGUGGCCUAUGUUUUACCCGAAACCAUCAUCUCGAUCAUAUCUUACACGAUUAAUUCACAGGGACGCCAAUCGAGAAGAAGAAGAAGAAGAAGAAGAUAUACCGAAAAGAAAAACAAUCCCAGAAAAACCAAGCGUAUACUUUGAUCUCCUCUACAUAGCCACCCCAAGAAAAACAAUCAACAUCAGCAACAAGAAGAAAAAAUACAAAGUCAAACUCUUCUCUCGCAAAGAUAUACCGAGAAGAAGAAAGAAAAACGGAAGCUUUCCGCGACACGACGUCGACAUCGACUGGGACGAAGCGAACGAGAAAGGCGAGAGAUUGCUCCAGCAGUGGUACAACGAGCACGGUGAGGACGCGCACGUAGAUCUCGCGGACGUUUUCGACGAGUACGAGUAUUGA